UUCAUUAUACUGCAAGUGAAACCCUUCUCUGCCUCCACACAAACCCUGUUUAGGGUUUUAGAGAAAGAUGAGGGGAGCAGGAGCACCAGACUUCUUCUACAGAGAAGCUCAACGCCUUGGUUAUUUAGCUCGUUCUGCUUUCAAGCUUCUUCAGAUACAAAAGCAAUACAAGCUCAUAACCCUUGGUUCCUCUGUUCUUGACCUUGGUUGUGCUCCUGGUGCUUGGCUUCAGGUUUCUUGUCAGAGCUUGGGACCGUUAAAGAAUGGUGGGUCUGUAGUAGGUAUUGAUGUCAAGAAGGUGAAGGUUCCUCCGCUUCAUUGUGAUGCCAGGGUUAAAACUGUUUGUGCUGAUGUAAUGAACCUCCCCAAACAUCAAGUUAGAGCGCUUUCUCCUCAGCAGAAAGGGUUUUCUGUGAUACUCUCAGAUAUGUGUCCGCCGGUUUCUGGAAUCACAACUAAAGAUGCAGCUUUAUCUGCCGAGUUAGGGAUGCAAGCAGUUGAUCUGGCUAUUGGUGGGGCAGCCUUAGCUCAUUCUGAUGGUGAUACUAAAAGGGAUGGGCAGUCAGAUUCUGCUUGUGGUGCAGAUGAUAAUGGUUUAUUACAAGCAGGUGGCCACCUAGUAAUUAAGCUUCUAGAGAGUGAGGAUAUCCAAGAAUUUAGCCGGAUUUGCAAACCACUCUUCAGAAAGGCAUCAUGGUUGAGGCCAAAGGCUACAAGAUCCUCAUCACGAGAGAUUUAUUUAAUUUGCCAAGGUCUUAAAUUGUAGUAACAUAGAUUUUGUUGAGGUGAUUGUUGACAACAAACUUAUUGAGAUUGCAAAUUUUGAA